UGUUUCUGUGGAGCAGCGUUUCGUUUGGUGUGGAGCAAUUCUGUUAUUUAACAUAGCUCUGGCAAGCGCAAUGUUAGCUUGCAUCACAAUUGUUGUUGUCUACGCCAUACACACAAUUCUGUGGAAUUUUUAGUUUAAUAGCAAUUGACGAUCUACGACCAGACUUGCCCAAGUUUGGAAUAUAUUCUGCCUAACACGCUUCCCCUUCCGUAGCAAAUAAGCAAACGAAACAAAAUGGUAGUUGGACUUCUGGUGCGCUGCGGUGUAGUCGCUGGCGCUGUCUACUACACCCACCAGGCUGGCGUCUGGGGGACCACGGACGAAACGGAUAAGCUAUACAAAAAUGUGAAGGCACAGCUGACUCCCUAUGUGCAGCAGGCAAAAGAGCGGCUCCCUUUCGACGUGCCCGAACUGCCAAGGGUGGGCGAGAUGCGCUUCCUGGCCAAACACUACUACAACGAGGGCGUCAAGAGCUCCUUUCGGUUUGUCCACAUGCUGCCCUGCUAUGCGGGCCGAGGCCUCAAGAAGGUGAAAGAUACAAUUGAGGAAUUUGCCAAGGCACCCGCGAUUAACGCCAGCAGCGAGAAGCCGGCGACGGAAACGGCGUCAAAGUAGUCCAAUAGAUGCUCUGGCUAUCUAUUCAGUAGAAGGCUGUUUUCAUGUGUUAGUUCAUAGCUAGUCUAUUGAAUACUAUGUUUAUAUACCAUUUCACACCCAAGACAAUUGUCGAGUAGCUCUGCGUGGAGUUGAAGAUGUCGAAAGCAAUUGUUUGCUAUAAAAUAAUUAUUUACCUCUUUUUUGUGUGGAAUACUUAGGCGCAUUGCGCUCGUUCUUCUAUUCUAGCAAUAAACAAUAUUAUGUCUUAAGCGUGAAAGCCGCCUAGAAAACUUA